CAUGAACACACACACACACACACACACUCUCACACACUCUCACACACACUCUCACACACACACACUCACACACACACUCUCACACACACUCUCACACACACUCUCACACACAUACGGCGUAGACAGGCGUGGGGAGAUCAUGUGACGAGUGACGUCAGGAAGUUCGACCAACAAUUAGCGCAGGUGUGGGCAGCACCAUGUUGUCUCUGCUCACCUGUUGUCACCUGAUGACGUCACUGCUGCUCUGCUGCCUGGCCCACGCGCACGCCUCCAGGUGGCUGAUUGGCGAGCGAGACAACCACUGUGGCGGCGGUGGCGGCGGCGGCGUCUGCACUCGCCCUCAGGCCAAGCCCGUGUGCGGCUCGGAUGGGCGGAGCUACGAGAACGGAUGCGAGCUGCAGAGAGCGCGCUGCAGGGACAAGACACUGACGCUGGCGCACCGCGGCCGCUGUCGAGGAAGAAGCUGGGCCAAACCGGAUCAGACUCCGGUGUCUCCGGCGCCGACGCCCCCGUCUGUGGGCGGAGACAUGGCGCAAACAGAGGUGCUGCAGUCCAAGUGCCGAGUGGAGAGGAAGCAGGCCUUGGAACAAGCCACGAGGCCCCAAGAGUCCAUCUUUGUCCCACAAUGCAGCGAGGACGGCUCCUUCUCCCAGGUUCAGUGCCACACCCUGACGGGCUACUGCUGGUGCGUCAGCGGCGACGGCAAGCCAGUGAGCGGCUCCUCGGUGCACAACAGGACUCCGCUGUGUUCAGGCUCGGUCACUGACAAACCUCCCGCUCAGCCCAGCUCUGCAAGAAAGGUGAGUGGCGCUCUUCUCUUUCCGCUUCUUCUCACCCUCAACCCAGACGAUGGCUCCAAGGCCACGCCCACCCUGCAGAGCCACGCCCCCCUGCUAGGCGACGAGAUAACUGCUCCUACGCUGUGGAUCAAACAGUUGGUCAACAAGGAGAACAAACAGAACAGUUCCACCUCCAGGAAGCAAGAGAAAGUCCCGUCAUGUGACCAGGAGAGACAGAUCGCCCUGGACGAGGCCCGGCAGAACCCUCGCGAGGCCACCUUCAUCCCGGACUGCGGGCCCCGGGGCCUCUACCAGGCGGUGCAGUGCCACCAGUCCACAGGGUACUGCUGGUGUGUGCAGGUGGAGACGGGCAGACCAAUACCCAGGACCUCCACCAGGUACCAGACCCCAGAAUGUGACAAAGCACCACGGUCUCACCUCCCAGACUCAGAAGAUCUUUUCCAAGGCAGAGACCUGACAGGUUGCCCCGAGGGGAAGAAAGCGGAGUUCAUAACGAGUCUGUUGGACGCCCUCACCACGGACAUGGUCCAAGCCAUAAACUCACCAGCCCCCUCUGGUGGAGGGAGCUUUGUGGAGCCUGAGCCCAGUCACACGCUGGAAGAGAGGGUGGUGCACUGGUACUUUGGACAGCUGGACAUCAACGGCAGUCAGGACGUCAACAAGAAGGAGCUCCGGCCCUUCAAGAAGUACCUGAAGAAGAAAGCCAAACCCAAGAAGUGCGGCCGCAAGUUCUGUGACUACUGCGACCUCAACAAGGACAAGGUCAUCACCCUGCUGGAGCUCAAGGGCUGCCUGGGAGUCAGCAAGGAGGGUGCUUCCACCACCAGCAGCCACCAGGGGACAAGGCAAGACUCACAUGAGUGGGAAAAGGCCGACUAAUCUUUUACUAAUGUGUCUCUGCUCCUAGUCACU